UUCAAGGUUUUAGGAUUUCAUUAGGUUGCAAAAGACAUGGCUAUUUUCAGUGUGCCAAUUUGGGUUGUUUUUUUUAAAAAAAGAACUAACCUUUGGAGAGAAGUUUUGUAAAUGCCUCUGCUUUGCUUCUGGAUUGCAAUUCCACCCUGUGGUUGCAACACAAAACCUUGUUCCAACUUGUUGAACUGCUGCCCUGCCUGUCUCAAUUCAUGCAGCCUGAGAGCGGUCAGGCCCUGCCCCCAUGGCUUUUCUGGGAAGAUUUUGCUGACCAGAAGGCUCAGCUGUGCCGCGCUCUGUACGACAACACCGCCGAGUGUCUGGAUGAACUUUCCUUUCGCAAAGGGGACCUGAUGGUUCUGCUGCAGCCAGAGGCUCCGGGCUUGGAGGGAUGGCACCUGUGUUCCCUGCACGGCCAGCAGGGGAUUGUGCCGGCCAACCGGGUCAAAGUCCUGGCCGAGCCAGGGUCCCCGGGGCCAGUCCCUCACAGAAAGCACGCUCCAGCCGAUGUCUACCAAGUCCCCAGGAAGGAGGCGGCAGCUCUAGUGGGAAAAACGUAUGAAGUGCCCCAGGACGAGCUCAGGAGAAGGGGACUGCGUCAAGAAGAGCAGGAAGUCUAUGAGGUGCCCCCACCCGCUCGGCCUUGCCCGCUGCCUCCUGAAGGGAUCUACAGGGUCCCCCGUGGCGUCAGAAGAGACGGGGACCCUACAGAGGUCUACGACGUCCCUUCAGCCCUGCUCCGGGAGUCUCCAGUGGACACCUACGACUCACCUUCCCCGUGUCCCAAGAAAGUGGCCCGCGUGGCCCCGCAGCCCAUGCUGCCCCCGCCCGCUGGUGACCCCUAUGACGUGCCGCUUGCCUUCAAGAAGCCCUCCGCCGCGGGUCAAGAGGAGGAAGAGGGGGAGGAAGAGGAGGGCUCAGAGAGGCCCCUGGUCUACGCCACCCCGUCCAACUUGCGGCGAGCCUCGGCGUUGCUGAACUUGUACGAGUCGCCCGAGGAGGUGCUGGGAGGAGGCCAGGGGGAGCAGCAAGAAGAGGAGGACGAAGACGGAGGCAUCUACGACAUCCCUCUGCUGCCGCCCGGCUCUCCGCCCCUUGAGGGGGCGCUCCAAGGACUAAGCUUGCGGGAUCCCGGCCCCCCUUCCCGCCCUCGUCUACCCUCUGCCGAGAGUCUGUCCCGUCGCCCGUUGCCCGCCCUUCCCAGCGAAGAGCGCCUUUCCGUAGAGCCACCGCAACCGUCGCCAAGUAUCGUCCGGAAGGGGAGCAUCCAGGACCGCCCGCUGCCCCCGCCCCCUCCUCGACUGGGGGGUCUCGGAGCAGAAGACCAGCUGGAGUCUGUCAGGGACGAGGGGUACAACGAAUACGAGGGGAUCCGUCUGGCAGAGGAGUACGACUAUGUUCAUCUCAAGGGAGCAGAUAAAAGCCAGCCCAAGCCUUCUACGCCAGAGGGGACCCCUGGACCUGCGCUUCCUGGUGAUACAGCUCAGACUGAAGAACAGGUGCCGCCUUCCCCAGAGGACAGCCAGUUGUUGCAGUUCUAUACGGGGCAGUGCCAAACCCAUUACUCCACCCUGCUUUCAGCCAUCGAGGCACUCCUUGCCAGCGCCGGUGCCAACCAGCCCCCCCGGGUCUUUGUGCCCCACGGCAAGUUCGUCAUUGUCACAGCGCACAAACUGGUGUUCGUGGGGGACACGGUGUCUCGGCUAGCGUCCUCCGCCACCGUCCGAGCCAGAGUGGGGGCGGCCAGCGGUGCCCUCUGCCAGGCCCUGAAAGAAGCCGUGCUUUCAGUGAAGGGCGCCGCCCUGCGCUACCCGUCGCUUCCCGCCGCCCGCGAGAUGCGAGAGUGCGUGGCGGAGCUCUCCAGACGGGCGCUGGCCUUCACCUCUUUGCUGGCCACCUUGGCGCCAUCUUGACAUUGCGUUCCGAGGCAGUUAACCGCCCCCUUAGCUGCGAUACGUUCUACAAUCCUUUGGCAAUAAUUCCCCUGACGCUUCGGACUUUUGAAUGCAGUGGCGCUGGACGGCCUCUGGCAGUGCUUAUGAGUGUAAUGCUGGCCCCUGUGUCGGUAGCGAGGUUUCUCUGGUUACACGUUUGCUUCGAACCUGGGAUCACUAAACCCAGCGUCCGUUCCAUGAGGCAGCACUUUGUGACAGUUGACCCUUGGGUGGUCGCCUUUGCCUGUAGUGAAGGUAACCUCGUCCUGACCUUUAGCCUCUCCUCGACAUCUUUCCCAGCUGAAACAAGGUCUCUAGUCUGUACCUCAACCACUCUACCUUAUGACCAGAAAUGGCAGUGCACCAGUUCACCGUAUCUUGGCUCAGUUUCCAUGGUUUCACGCCGACCUUUGCAUCUGUAACCUUCACGUAUUCUCCUAACCAAAGACCCUGCCUGACCUUCACCUCCGAUUCAGUGCCACAAAUCAGGUCCUGGUUCCCAUCUCUUCCAGUUUGGUGACUGCUAUCGUGGUGAAUAGCUAGAUCCUUCCAACUGCCGUGUUAGUAUUUCUGCACCGUGUUCCCAAGAGCGCCAGUUGAGGUUAUGGCGUGGAGUUGUAGACCAAAGACGUGAACAGAACUGGGAGAUGGGCAGACAAUGGCGUGCUCACGCCCGCCCACUCCUGUGGACAUAAUGGUGGGGGUUAGGGGCCCAACGCACCCACCCCCACAGCCCUAGAGGGAAAGCACCAGAGGAGAAUUACUGAGAAACAACCCUUUUUAUUUCGGUGAGGGGGUUCUAGGACAGCGUCUGAAAGGUGUGCAAAUAGGAGAACGGCGAACUCUGCCACCGAAGAGGAGAUCACGGGAGGAGAUGACCUCGAAGGGGUGAAAGCAGACACACAGAGAACAUAAAAUGGCCAAAGGCGCAAGGAAUUCUGGGAUAGGAGGGAAGAGGUAAAGGUGAGGAGGUACCUGCAAAAAAGGGACGGGAGAGGGCAAAAAAUGGUCAGUGCGGACUUUAUACCAAGCACGAUGUGGACGACAUCCCCCACCCUUCUGGAGAAAAGCACUGCAGGCAUGAGCCAAGGUGUGUGUGUGUGGGGGGGGGCAACUAGGGAGUGCCAGGUUAGGUCAAAGGAUUGCCAAGGCAGCCAGCAAAGCCAAUGGCUGCCAGGGUCGGGCGAAUGUGACACAAAGUCCUUCAGCCUGACCUAUGGAUCCAUUGGCUUUUUUCCGCUCAAAAUCCCCCCUCUGGUUUGGCAUGUGUUUUGGACGGCAGCCAACAUCACUUCACAGCACACACACACACACGGGGACCCUCCCUCAUCUCAUUUCCUCAGCAGGCAACAACCGGGGUUCAAAACGUCUCUCUCAGGAAAUAUUUGCCAAGUUAUUUUCUAAG